AUGGUUAUUGUGGGGCAGAGGGAUGAAGCAGCACUUGGGACUAGUUUGCCAAGCUAUCUUCUGGCAGCCAACAGUUAUCUGCGAGAUCAGUGGUUUCAUUCGUUGCAGUGGAAGAAAAAGAUCUACAAGUACAAAAAGGUACUGAGUAACCCAAGUCGCUGGGAAGUUGUGUUGAAGGAGAUUCGGACUCUGGUGGAUAUGGCACUUUUCUCACCUCUUCAGGAUGAUUCCAUUCACCAGGCACCACUGGAGAUAGUCUCUAAGCUCCUCUCAGAGAACCUCAAGCUAACAACCCAGGAGCAUGAAAAUAUCAUUGUGGCAAUAGCACCUUUGCUGGAAAACAACCAUCCUCCUCCAGAUCUCUGCGAGUUUUUCUGCAAGCAUUGCAGAGAACGGCCUCGAUCGAUGGUUGUCAUAGAAGUGUUCACACCUGUGGUUCAGAGAAUCCUCAAGCAUAAUAUGGAUUUUGGCAAGUGUCCUCGUUUGAGACUUUUCACUCAGGAGUAUAUUCUUGCUUUAAAUGAACUGAAUGCUGGAAUGGAAGUGGUGAAGAAAUUCAUUCACAGUAUGCAUGGUCCAACUGGCCAGUGUCCCCAUCCAAGAGUCCUACCAAACCUUGUAGCUGUCUGCUUAGCUGCCAUUUAUUCUUGUUAUGAAGAGUUUAUAAACAGUCGUGACAACUCGCCCAGCCUGAAGGAAAUACGUAAUGGUUGUCAGCAACAGUGUGAUCGGAAGCCAAAUCUGCCACUCCGGCUACUGCAUAGCAGUCCUGACCUCGUGUCACAGGAGGUCACUACUGACGCCAGGAUGAAAUCUAUCAUUGUGAACUCAACCGAGAUCCACGUGGAAUUGGAACGGAGCAACAUGGUUAAUCAGAAACUGAAAGGAAGCACCAGUAGUAGUAGUAACAGCAAUAGCAGCAGCAGCAGUAGCAGCAACAGUGACAGUGAACCCAGCCUGAUUGACUGCUUGCUGGUCAGCCCCACCUGUAGCACCAUGGUCAUUGAACUGAGCUCACAGGCUGAACGGGUCCUCAGCUGCUACGUGGAAAUUCUCAAAAUGCUGUCAGAUUAUGAUGACUGGAGACCCGCUCUUGCUAGUCUGCUUCAACCUAUUCCCUUUCCCAAAGAGGCACUUGCACAUGUGAAGUUCACAAAGGAACUGAAGUACGUCAUACAGAGAUUUGCAGAAGAUCCAAGGCAAGAAGUCCAUUCCUGCUUGUUGAGUGUUCGAGCUGGCAAAGAUGGUUGGUUCCAGCUCUACAGUCCAGGAGGAGUCGCCUGUGAUGAUGAUGGGGAGCUUUUUGCCAGUAUGGUGCACAUUUUAAUGGGUUCCUGUUAUAAGACAAAGAAGUUCCUGCUUUCACUGGCUGAGAACAAACUGGGGCCAUGUAUGUUGCUGGCUUUGAGAGGAAAUCAAACAAUGGUAGAGAUCCUGUGUUUGAUGCUCGAGUAUAACAUUAUCGACAACAAUGACACACAACUUCAAAUUAUCUCCACGUUGGAAAGCACAGAUGUUGGAAAGAAAAUGUAUGAACAGCUCUGUGACAGACAAAGGGAACUAAAGGAGCUGCAAAGGAAGGGUGGACCCACACGACUAACACUGCCAUCCAAAUCCACAGAUGCAGACCUAGCCAGACUUCUCAGCUCAGGAUCUUUUGGAAAUCUGGAAAAUCUAAGCCUGGCCUUCACCAAUGUAACCAGUGCCUGUGCAGAACAACUAAUCAAACUGCCAUCUCUUAAACAGCUAAACCUGUGGUCUACCCAGUUUGGUGAUGCAGGGUUGCGAGUUCUUUCAGAGCACCUCACGUCACUGCAAGUUCUGAACCUUUGUGAGACACCCGUCACAGAUGCAGGCCUCCUGGCACUUAGCUCCAUGAGGAGUCUGUGCAGCUUGAAUAUGAACAGCACCAAAUUGUCAGCUGAUACAUAUGAAGAUCUGAAGGCAAAGCUGCCAAACCUCAAAGAAGUGGAUGUCCGCUACACGGAAGCCUGGUGAAUUCCUCGCUUGAUGGUCAGUGACAAAUCAUUCUUUUAUAGAAGAAUCAGAAAAAGAAACUUUUUUCCAGCAUUUUUACCUUGGGCCAGGGAUUGCUGAGAUCGCCAGCUCGGGUUCUUUCACCAGAGGCCUGUACACUGCUGGGCUCAUUAUGGACCCUGCUUCAUUCUUAAUGCUUUUUGAUUUCUGAAGAUGAUUAAAAAAAAGUGUGUAGCAGCAAUCCAGCUACAAAAGGAAACUUCCUGCUCAUUAAUUGCCUUUGUGUUCAUGCUGUGUGUAAAAAGAUAUCUUUUUCUCUUGUUCACUUCAUCUACUUGAAUGGACCAACGUCAAACCGAUUUGGAAGUUCUCUGCCUGAAGAUAUCAACUAUUCGAUGGAUACAUUACCUUUGCCAUCCCAAAACCUUGCAGUGACAUGCAAAGUGAUUUUGUUUUUUGUACAUAAGUUUUAAAUCACACACAUAUUUAAAAAUUGUUCACAUAGCAGGUCUGGGACCUGAUUCUUAUUUAUGGAUUGUAAUUCUUUUACCUGUUUUUGCAUAUAGUACUGUAUAAACUAGUUAUUUUGGCUGUCUAGUAGCCUGGAAGCUCUCCUUUAAGUGAUUUUAUGUUGCCUUUAUGAACUUAUUUUGUCUGUCCUGUUGGAUCACUGCGACUUUUACAAGAUUCAGAAAACAACAAAACAGCUGGGUUUUCUGCUUCACCACUGACCAAGAGACUGAAACUUUGAAAGAAAUUAAGAGGUGAACUUUUAUUUACAAAGACCAAAUUGCCAAUCAUUUUCUGAAGUCGUGGUGAGGUUCCACCAAAGUUAACUGAGUCCAAAUGUUUUAAAAGAAACAUCACUUUAUAUCUUCUUUGUUUUUUUUCUUAAAUGUUUUGCCUAAUUUAAAUUUGCUUUCCUCCCCCUUUACCCAAUUUGUGCAUAGUUCCAACAUGCAUGUGUGAUUUGCAUGGUCCUAGCAGCAAUCCUCUUGUCAAAACCUUAAGCUUGACUUACUUUGUGAUAGCAACCACUAUGAGUGUUCCAUAAGGUAAUGGAACACUUUGAUUAUUUUCUGUUCUGUUGCCUUUAUUUCAUAUGAGCCUUUGUUGUAUAGAGCAAAGUUAUCUCUGUCAUUUUUAGCAUGGUUGCUGCAUUGCAAAAUUUACAGCAUCUCAGAAAAAAAUAACAAAAAAAAAUUGUAACAUGUACCUUUCAUUUUGUUUUGUAUGUAACUUAUCCAGGAAUGGAGGCCAGGCUUCUUUGUUUUAUACCUUGUAGCUUUUUCACUUUCCCUUUUGUUUUGAACUGGUUAAGUCUUAAUCAGAUUAGUGUGCCAGAGUUCUGCAUCGAGUCUCAAACUGCAUGAUGAUGCAGAUGUGGAAAAUAAAAUUUAAAAAAAUUGCAGCCAUUGUUUAUCAUCAGCACUGUUGCUUUUAUCAGAUGGUUUACUACUGUUCUGUAGCUGUUGUACAAAGAGAUGUGAAAUAAUUUCAGGCAAAUAAACAGUAAGUGAGUAUCUUUCA